GAGAGAGAUCCUCGACUAUUAAAUGCACCGUUCCAUGUCCACUGAUACACGUUUAGUAGCUUCAGAGCCUAAGCAUCGACGAAGCCGCUCUAUGAGGGCGACGGUGACGCUUUAACAAUGACGAUGGCACGCCGAUGGUGUUUGUUGUUUCAGCUCUCUCUCUCUCUCUCUCUCUCUCUAAAAUCUCUCUCUUUUUCUCUCUCCUGUAACAACGUUCUAUUUACUUAAAGGUGUACAGCCCAAGUCGUCGCCUUUGCUGAAGUCUUCGAAUUCAUGCAACUGUCAUGAAUCCCCACUCUUUUAUUGGCAUAUCCAUUACCCAAAAGGCCAAUUCACACUUGAAUUCUCUUCUUCCCUCCAACUCCAUGAUUCUUUAUUCUGAAUUCCACUCUUUGUAGCGAGAGAAAAACCAAACCUAAAUGCAAGUUGCUUACUUCCCCUCACCAGCAAAGAAGGAAACUCAAGCAGCGGUUUAAUGGAUUCCCGUCACCAUGUUUCGGUCCAAGAAAAGGUAAUGGAUCUUGAAGCUGAACUGGAAAGAAUGAGUAGAGAGAACGAGAAGCUUAAUGUUAUGCUCGGUCUCAUGAACCAAGACUGCAAUAGCUUGAGGAGUCGAUUAAUGGAAACAGAGGUUGCAGACGGUGACAAUAAUAAGGAAUCGAUGAUACCCCGAAAGAGAAAGGGGGCCAUUCAAGUUACAGAGAGUAGCUCAAGUGAAGAUUCAAACAAGAAGAUGAGAGAAUCGCCGAAAUCGAAAGUUUCGCAAUUUUGUUUGAGAACGGAUCCAUCGGAUACAAGCCUUAUACUGAGAGAUGGGUGUCAAUGGAGGAAGUAUGGGCAGAAGGUUACAAGAGAUAACCCUUCACCUCGAGCUUAUUAUAGGUGUUCCAUGGCUCCUGGUUGCCCCGUUAAGAAGAAGGUGCAAAGAAGAGCAGAUGACAGCUCCAUUCUAGUGGCUGCCUAUGAAGGGGUGCACACUCACCCUUUACCUACUUCAUUGGAUGCACCUGAUGGUUUAGAGUCUUUAGACAUUAUAAGACCAGAACCAUUAGCCUCUGCACCAUCCACACCCUUUCUUCCUUGCUCCUCUAUUUCUCUCUCUAACUCCUUCCCCACUAUCACUCUAGACCUUACUCAAACAUCCCUGAACCAAGAAGGCCCAAGGCCUGAAAGGGAAGCUCGAGUUUCAUCAAAUUACAGCAUUUCUCAGCAGCUAUUAGUUCAAAUUUUGGCUUCUUCUUUGACAAGAGACCCAUCUUUCACAACUGCACUAGCCGAUACGAUUUCGAGGAAUUUUUUCCGUAAGUGAUGAAGAAGAAGAUGUUGGUUUCUAUUCUCAGUGAGAGAUUAGCACAAUAUUGUUUGUGGGUGUCUUCCUCCAUGCUUAGAGAGCAGUAGUCGGUGUGCUGUUAAGUUGGCUAACCUUUGAGUGAUGGUUUCAUGGAUGCUUUUCAAGUAGUGAUAUUACAUGGAGAAGAAUAUCAGUCUGUUGUGAACUUCAUUUUCUCGUCUUGUUCUUAUUUCAAAAAUAUGGGAUUGUUUACAACGAAAGCAUUUACUUUUUAUAUGAGGAGGUCACAAUCAUUCUUAUA